UCCCUGAACAUCAUGGCGGCAGUUGGCAAAACUGUGCCGAAGUCUCCCAAACCUCGGGCCGGUCCUGGGUCCCUGGCCCGCGGCUGGCUCAUUCUGUACAACAUAGUACUUACAGCAGGGUGGUUAGCUGUUAUGUAUGUGUACAUCCUACAUGUGUUGAACAACAGCAGUUCUCCUGAGGUGUACUCAGGCUUGUAUGACAGCGUGGAAGUAGUGCUGAAAGUGUUCCAGUCACUCGCUUUACUGGAGAUCGUGCACGCUGCUCUGGGUAUCGUCCCGUCUAACGUACUCCUGACGGCUUUCCAAGUUUUCUCCCGGGUGUUCCUGGUCUGGGGAGUGAUGCAUCCUUUCAAGGAGGCCCAGACAAGCCUGGGAGCGAGUCUAUGCAUUGCUGCGUGGACUAUCACAGAGAUCAUUCGGUAUUCCUUCUACACCUUCGCUCUGCUUAACAUGAAGCCCUACAUCCUACAGUGGUGCAGAUAUACAUUCUUCAUAGUGCUGUACCCAAUAGGAGUGACUGGGGAGCUGCUAGCCAUCUACAGUAGCCUGGCACCGGCUGCUGAGCAGAAGGCCUUCUCCCUGGAGAUGCCCAACCCUCUCAACGUGUCCUUCUACUACCACUACUUCCUGGUGGGCGUCAUGUUCACCUACAUACCAAUUUUCCCUCAGCUGUAUUUCCACAUGGUGCGACAACGUAGGAAGGUCAUUGGUGGGGUCACCAAGGUCGCAAAGAAGGAAUAAAAAUGUUUUUAACCUUAUCCCUGCUGAGAUGGCCUUUUAGCUCCAAAUCAGCACUGGUUAAAGGCCUUCACAGGGUUAGGCAGCAGGGAGAAGGUUAAUAAAUUGAGGGGGUAAAAAGUAUGAGUUUGAAUCCUGCCAAAAUCUGUGUGAACACAGUGCUAGAUUGUUUAGAAGUUGUUGCGCAAAUGGUAGAUUUUUAGAAGACAGAUGCUCAGCUACUAGUACUUAAUGUUAAUUAGUAAUUCUAAUUAAGCAUAGAUGGUUAAGCAAUCAAAUGAUGCAUGUGUAAUGUUAAUGAUGAUUGAAAGUUGUGAAAAAACUAUGCCAGCUUGCAGUGAAAAGAAGACAUAUAUGUAUGUAAUUCCAGACUAUAUUAUGUCAGCACAAAUGUAGCCUUUAAUUUUCAUAUGGUAUGAAUAUAAUUAUGUACCAUAAUGUUGAAAUAGUAACAGUUAAAAUUCUUAGUGGCUACUGAUUUACACUUUUAUGUCAAAACUGUCAAUUUUAGCUUUUGUACCUCAGAAGAAAUUGCAGAUUUAGUUCUUUUAUGUCAUUGAACUUAUCGUAAUUUAUACAGACUUAAUUUGUGUGUAUGUUAUAACUUUUGCUUAAUUAAUUAAUUAAUUAAGGCCAAGUGUGAUUUUACAAGAUUUUUCCUGGCUUGAUUAUUGGACCAAUUAACAACUAAUUUCAUUUUAAAGAUAAGGUAUGUUGUCAUGCUUUUUUUAAGGUCUUUGUUUUGACAUAUCAUAGAAUAGGUGUGAAUUUGUCAAGUGAAAGUAUCAAUUGAUUUGCUGUGUAGCUUUAUUGCUCAUAGCAAUUCAGAAAUAGUACAGUCAUUCUGAUAGUAUGUAUUAUGUCAAGAAUUAGGUUUCAGAGCAAGCAAGUUUAUUACUUUUUAAGAUUCAGAUGUUUUUUUAAAGAUGCAUUUGAAGCUCAGGCAUCCAGGAAGUAAGAAAAUAGCUGUUUGAUACUGUAUGAACUGCUUUGUCAAAUUUGAAUACAUAUCGUAUAUCAAAA